UUACCUCAGGCAAGGGGGGCAGGGGCGGCGGCGGCGGCGGAGGCGGAGGUCUCACCUCUUAGUUAUCAUAUCAUCUCGGUGGUACAUGAUUUCAAGACACGAAUCAAGGAGGUGGGAGACAGGAACCAGAGAUACAGGACUGGUGUCGAGAGACCCUGCAGGGACCCCAAUGAGGUGGUUGACAGUCGAGCUCUUGUUAUCUUUCAGAAAGCAUCAGAGCUUGUGGGCAUCGAUGAGCCUAAGAAUGAGUUGAUCAGCUUGUUGACAAAAGAUGGAUCUUCGUCUCAACAUCAGGUGAAGGUGGUCUCCGUUGUUGGAUUUGGUGGACUAGGCAAGACAACACUUGCCAACCAAGUGUUCCAGUCACUUCAUAAUGAAUUUGAUUGUCACGCCUUUGUAACAGUGUCGCGAAAUCCUGACAUGAUGAAAGUCUUGAGAACUAUUCUCAGUGACGUUAGCGGGGAAGAGUACACUAACACAGAAGCUGGGGAUAUACAACAUCUUGUCAAAAAAAUCUCUAAUUUCCUUCAAGAUAAGAGGUACUUCAUUGUUGUGGAUGAUUUAUGGGAUUCAAAAUCAUGGGAAACCAUUAAGUAUGCUUUUAUAAAAAAUAGUUGUGGCAGCAGAAUCAUCACAACCACACGUAUAAAUGAAGUUGCUGAAUCUUGCAGCAAUUCGCAUUGGGGUCACACAUAUACAUUACGCCCUCUUAACACCGUGAACUCGAGAAGAUUAUUCUUGAAGAGAAUAUUUGGUUCUGAAGAAGCAUGCCCGUCACACCUUGCUGAAGUUUCUGAUGACCUCUUGAAGAAAUGCGGUGGUUUGCCUUUGGCAAUCAUAGCAAUUGCUGGUUUAUUGGCAGGCAAAGCACCAACAUUUGAUGAAUGGAACAAAGUUCAAAGUUCGUUUGGUUAUGCACUUGAAAGGCAAUCAGAUGUCAAUAAAAUGAUGCAUAUAUUGUCACUGAGUUACUUUUACCUUCCACCUCACCUACAAAGUUGUCUUCUGUAUCUUAGUAUUUUCCGAGAAGAUUACGAGAUUCGAAAGGAGCGAUUGAUACUUAGAUGGAUUGCCGAGGGAUUCAUUCAUGAAGAGAAUGGCUUCACCCAAUAUGAGGUAGGAGAGAGGCGUUUCAAUGAGCUCAUAAACAAAAGCUUGAUUCAGCCAAGGACUUCAAAAAGAUCAGGUACAUUGAUCUCUUGUCGAGUCCAUGACACAAUUCUUGAGUUCAUUGUGUCCAAAGCUAUGGAAGAAAACUUUAUUACUCUGUUUGGUUUUCCAAACAUAACAAAUGAUCCACGAAGGAAGAUUCGGCGUCUCUCUCUCCAGGACAGGAAUGAAGUUGGUGAUGGUUCAGUAGGCUUAUGGGAGAAUAUGAUAUAUUCUCAUGCCCGUGCAGUUUCAGUGUUUCCAGGCAGUCUUGAUAGCCUCCCUUCUCUGCAGAAGUUCAAGCAUUUGCGUGUUUUGGAUUUAGAAGACUGUGAAGGACUACAAGACCAUCAUCUGGCACAUCUAGGCGGGUUAUUUGCACUGAGGUACUUGAGCUUUCACCGAACAUGGAUAAAUGAGCUUCCUGAAGAAAUUGGAGAGCUGCAGCAUUUACAAACACUGGAUUUAAGAGUUACUCAUAUAAAGAAGCUGCCAUCCAGUAUUGUUCACCUUGCACGGUUGGUCAAUCUUUUGUCUAGUUCUGGUGUGCAUUUGCCAGAUGGAUUCAGGAACAUGCAAGCCUUGCAGAGGUUGGAAGACAUCACAGUCUGGAGUCAGAUACCUAACUUCACGCAGGAGCUCUGUCAGCUAACAAAUCUAAGAACACUGAGGGUGUGGACAGAUGUGUUUACCAAAGAUUUGGCCUCAUCUCUGUGUACACUUGCUACGGGAAGCCUAAAUUCUUUGACUAUUGGAACCAACGAAGAGUCCAUAAACUUCGUGAUGGAGCCAUGGAACCCCACCCCUGUCAGCCUCAAACUACUUGAAAUAUUGGGUAUUCAGCUCCCUAGGGUCCCCAGAUGGAUCAGCUCACUUGACAACCUCCAACAUUUGGGACUCAAUGUUGACCGACUUGGGCCUGCAGAUGUUGGAUUGCUUGGGACCUUAAACGCUUUGUCCAGCCUCCGUCUCUGGGUAAUGAUUGAAGUGGCAGACAGAUUAUCCUGUCAAGAAACACAACGGGUUAAGAUCAGUGGCGCGCAUGGAUUCCCUAGCUUGAGAAUGUUCCAAGUCGGUUCUAUUAACUGUGGGUUUGGGUUGUUGUUCGAAGCUGGGGCCAUGCCGAAGCUACAAGAACUCAAUCUCGAGUUCAGCAGAGAUAAAACCGGGUCCCUUACCAAUGGAGAAUUUGAUUUCGGUAUCCAGCAUCUCCAUUGCCUUGCUAUAGUAAGAUGUGACCUUGGUUACUUUAUAAAUGCAGAGUAUGAGCCUGAGCACCCCGCAUGGGAUGCUGUUAAGAGUGCAGUCAGUUGCAAUACCAACCAUCCCAGGCUGUGGCUGUCAUGGGUUGUAGCGACGACAGAGCAGAAUUACUAGCUACAAGCACCAACAACCAUCUUGGACAAUAAGACUUUUUCCUCUCCA